AUGGCGCGUCUUAAAGUUGCGUCCUUCCUGUUGGUCGCCACCAUGCUGUCGAUCGUCGUGUCUGGAGCCCAGACGGGGUUACUUGGCAACAUCUUGACUACUGUGGGGACGGUGACAUCGAACACGGUAUCUUCACUGGUGGAAACCGUGGGAAACCUCCCGUUCGACCAGAACAAGUGCAUCAUUGUAAUGAAGGAAAAUCCCAAGCCGAUCCUGGAUGUCGUCGCCAAUAACAGCACCGCAAUUUGGACGGAAGAUCAGCGAGUCCAGAACAUUCAGAACAUCGUCGAUGCGCUCAAGCAGCACGCAGCGCAAAGUCAAAGCUCUGUGACGAAUCUACUUCAGGCGGCGGGAGUUCAGUUCACAAGCAAUUGGAUCACCAACACGAUCGUAGUGUUGGACUGCCCGCUUAAUCUUAUUGAGCAAAUCCUCGCUUUGGUUUCGGUGAAGAAAGUUAUCUACGACCUCAUCAUAACUCUGGAUCCUCCUCAGCCCACGGCCGACUCGCCAAGUAACACUGCCACUGCUGGGUGGGGUGCUACGAAGAUCAAGGCGACGGAUGUCUGGGCUACCAGCAAUACCGGUCAGGGUAUCGUUGUCGGGACGAUCGAUACCGGUGUGCGCGCAACUCACGAGACUCUGGUGAACAACUGGAUCGGUUCGUACGGAUGGUACGACCCGGCUCAAAAGACAGCGACCCCUUUUGACGCCAAUGGCCACGGAACGCACACGAUGGCUACAAUCGUCGGUGGGAAGGGCGUAGGCAUCGCUCCAGGUGCCAAAUGGAUGUCAUGCAAGGCCUGUAGCUCGUCUUGUUCACUGUCACUGAUGAACCAGUGCGCGCAGUUCAUGUUAUGUCCGACUGACACGAACGGCAACAACUGUAACCCUGCCAAAGCCCCACACAUUGUAAGCAACAGUUGGGGAACCGGCCAAGGCAUGACGUACUUCCAGCCGAUGAUUGAUGCGUGGAGCGCUGCUCGCAUCAUUCCGAUCUUCUCGGCCGGCAAUUCCGGUGCAAACGGAUGCAGUUCGGUGGUUUCUCCGGGUGACUCGGCCAAGGUUUUCUCUGUUGGAGCUACUGAUACGAGCGACGCCUUGGGCUCCUUCAGUAGCAUUGGCCCUGCCGUGAAUGGCCUUGUCAAACCCGACUUCAUUGCCCCCGGAGUGAGCGUCCGCUCUGCUUGGAAUGGCAACAGCGCAGACUACAUGUCACUCUCGGGAACGAGCAUGGCUGCCCCUCAUCUCGCUGGUACAAUUGCACUAGCUUUGAGUGCACGUCCUGGCUUCUGCUUCGACACCAUGAAGGAAGUUCUCAUGAGCUCGACGGAUCGCUCGCUGCCGAGUACUCCACUCACGUGCGGCGGGAUCUCAGAUACGAUCUUCCCAAACAACGAAGCUGGAACCUCAUUGCCCAGUACCGGAGAAGCCGACAUGCCCAUGCUCAUCUUCUUCAUGACAACCACGAAGUUGAUCGCACUUAGAGCACCCAACGUGAAGAACAUGUUCUCGACGUUCAAGUUAUCGAGCGGUAGUGACCUGGAGAAUAUGAUAGUGAAGACCGAAGUCAGGAUAGAACCCAUUGAGCUCAUGAACAGGAUCACCGCUUGA